AAUCGAAAGACUAAUCAGCGCUGUCAGGAGAUGGGAAAUGGGUGUUUGUAGGGGAAAAGACUGAACUUUAAAUCCUGUAUCUCAUUGAACGGAAAGACCGCUUUGGAGCUAAAGGAGACACAAAGUAGGACGAUGCAAGUAAAGGCUGAAAGUAUCACGUACACAGAGCGGGGCUGACAGAGGGACCGCACCAGGCUGUAGGAAGUCGCGUUGUGAAGCAAGAAAAAGGGAUUGUUGUGUCAGGUGAGAAGGAAUAAGCCCCAUAGCGAAGGCCUGCUGAAAUGACACCGGCAGAAAGACACGUAACGCGGAGACAAUUGUGCGGCAGCCAGUAACUGCGCGGAACGGCUGCAGCCCAGAGCGCAGAAAUCCCCUGGCGAAGGGGGCAGGAGCCGUGAGGACACAGGCGCUGGCUGGGCGAGGCGGGGAGACACCGCUGGGGCUGCCAGCGAGGCAGGAGAGGCGCCGAAACCCCCGGCCCAGGCUGGGAUAACCCUCGCCGGCUCCGGGGAGCGCGGCCCAGCCCGGCUCCCCCUUCACGCCGUGCGAGAGCGGCUGGGGCGCUGCGGCCGCCCUGGGCCGGCCUCCUCCUGACAGCCCAGUCCCCUCCUCCCCGCUGCCUUCCCGGCGGCGGCGGGGGCGGUCGCGGGCGGGCGGCCGAGCCGCUCGGGCCCGGCAGCGCUGCCCAUGGGGGAGUGCGGGGUGCCCCCGCAGGUCCAGCUCUUCCUCCGCGCCUGCGAGCAGGGCGACUGCGAGACCGCCCGACGCCUCUUGGGGCUGCCCGGCGGCGGCGGCUCCGCCGACCCGGCAGCCCCCUCCUCCUGCUCGUGCGGUCCCGAGGAGACGGCGGCGGAGCCCCGCGGCGAAGCGUCGUCCCCGCCGAGCCCCGCCGUGCCCGUGGACUGCACGGACGAGGCCGGCAACACGGGGCUGCAGUUCGCCGCGGCGGGGGGCCACGAGCAGCUGGUGCGGUUCCUGCUGCGGAAGGGCGCCUCGGUGCAGAGCAGGAACCACUACGGAUGGAGCCCCCUCAUGCAAGCGGCCAGGUUUGGACAUCUAAGCGUGGCCCACAUCUUGCUGGAGAAUGGUGCUGAUCUCAAUGCACAGAACAAGUUAGGGGCCAGUGUCCUCACAAUGGCCUCCAGAGGCGGUCACGUCAGCAUGGUGAAAUUAUUGCUGGAAUCUGGAGCUUUUGUGGACAAUUACGACCAUUUUAACACAAAUGUACUUAACAGCAGCAGAGACGACCUUCCCGAUAUCACUCCACUGAUGGCAGCUGCUCAGCAUGGACAUGAGGCAGUGGUGCAUCUGUUGCUAGACUGGGGAGCUGAUUGUAACUACACUCUAAAGACAAUGGGCUGGAGUCCUUUAAUGCUGGCAGCCGGUAGUGGAAAGGUGAGCUUGGCACAGCAGCUCAUGGAGAAAGGUGCCAAUCCUGAUCACUUGAAUGUACUACAUAAAACACCUUUUGAAAUCUCUGUUGGCUUCAAACACAAAGACAUGAAGGACUAUUUGGAAUCUCUCACAACCAUUAGGCCUCAGGCAGAUGCAGAAAAGAGGCAACCUGAUGUCUUUCAUGCAUUGAAACUGGGAAACUUUCAGCUGGUUAAAGAGAUCAUUGAUGAAGAUCUGAGUCAGGUUAAUAUUACCAAUGUUGACGGUGCAUCUCCUUUAAUGAUUGCAGCUGUAACUGGACAGCUGCCCCUUGUUCAGCUCCUUGUUGAGAAAAAGGCUGAUAUUGAUAAGCAGGAUAAUGUUCAUGGCUGGACAGCACUAAUGCAGGCCACGUACCAUGGGAACAAAAAUGUUGUAAAGUAUUUGUUAAAUCAAGGAGCUGAUGUUAACCUUCGUGCAAAAAAUGGAUACACAGCUUUUGACCUGAUAAUGCUGCUGAAUGAUCCAGAUACAGAGCUUGUAAGGUUACUGGCAUCAGCAUGCAUGCAAGUAGAUAAAGAUAAGAAUAAACUGAACAACAGGUCAUCUCUGCCUUGUUCCAGAAGUAGGCAAUCCUUAAAUGUCCCAAUGUUGCCAGAUGACAAAGGAGGCCUAAAGUCCUGGUGGAGCAGGAUGUCCAAUCGAUUCCGCAAGCUGAAGUUGACUCAAACAUUGCGCCAUGGAUUUCCUUCUAAUCAGUUUGUGCCUUUUCCGGAUGAGACUGAACCAUCAUUAAAUUCCACUAUAAAAAUAGCCUCACAGAGUGAUACAGACAUCUCUGGAAACCUUGAAGCUGCUACAGCUUGGAACACAAAUAACAAAGCUAGUGGUGCAAACACUGUGAAAGGAGGAAAGGAUGAUGAAUUACUGACAACUAUGCUGAGGAGUAGUGCUCCAUUUACCAGGCUGCCCACUGAUAAGCUAAAAGCAGUGAUACCACCUUUCUUACCACCCUCAAGCUUUGAGCUUUGGAAUUCUGACCGAACCCGACUCAGCAAAGAUGGCAAAGCUGAACAGAUGAGAACUGCCUGGCCACAGAGAGCAAUCAAGCAUGAUUUUAACAGCAGUGGGAACUCUGAUAUAACAUCUGUUAGCAAAGGUACUAGACCAGUCAAAUUACCAACAUUUGCAAGAAGACCAGCAUCUCCUUCAAAUUCCAAUAACUUCAGCCAUUCUCCCCAUUCUUCUGGUGGAUCUAAUAACAUUGCAGGAAUUAAUAGGCAUGGAGGAGAACUGCAUAACAGAUCAGGUGGCAGUGCAGAUAAUGUUUUGUCUCAGAUUGCAGCCCAAAGAAGAAAAGCAGCAGGCUUACCUGAACAGAAACCCAGCCAACAGCAUAGUCCAGUCCAGUCAGCUCCUUCAUCUACUGUGUCAGAUUUGCAGUGUGCUCAGAUUGUUGGCAAUGGACAAGUUGUAAAGCAAAAACUGGAGAUGAACAAAAGACCUCCAUCUGGGACUUCAUCUACGUCUAAAAGCACAUCACCAACUCUCACACCUUCUCCAUCACCAUCCCCAUCUCCUAAGGUUCAAAAUGCAGAAUCUUCUGUCUCUUCUUCUCACAGACACGCCAAGAGCAACGGCUCCAGCAGUGGUACCAUUACAGAGGAUGGCAACCAUUUGGUGGACCAUCAACAACUUGGCCCUAUUCUGAGAUCCAGUGAUGUAGAGAAUUAUGAAAGACAAAACCAUGUGAGAGUAAAAGAAGGCUCUGAAAACUUGGAGAAAGAUGAGCUGACUGGCAUCCUUAAAAAAUUGUCACUUGAGAAAUAUCAGCCUAUAUUUGAGGAACAGGAGGUGGAUAUGGAAGCGUUCCUCACACUUACUGAUGGUGAUCUGAAGGAGCUGGGUAUUAAAACAGAUGGAUCAAGGCAGCAAAUUUUGGCAGCUAUUUCUGAACUGAAUGCAGGAAAGGGUCGAGAGAGACAGAUUUUACAAGAAACUAUACACAACUUCCACUCUUCCUUUGAGAGUAGUGUUAGUAACACACGACCGCCUGGUCAUUCCCAAUCUCCUGGCUGCUCUUUAAAACCACAAGAAGCCGUUUCUUCUAAAAGGUAGCUGAUGGAACAAAAGUGUGGUUUUAUUUUAUAUGAUGAAGUUUGGCAUCUGACUAAGUGAAUCCAUACAAAUCCAUACAAAUGAAAAUUUGAAAAGUUAGUCCUGAUUACACUGACAUAGGAUUUUCUGCAGUAACAUGCUUAAAAUACAAAACUCGCAGAAAGGCAAAGAAAAUAAUAAAGAGAUUGCCUCUAUAGUUCAACCUAAGUGUUGAAUUGUUCAAAGCAUCAGUGGUGUGAAUUUAAGAAGAGCAAAGUCAGAAGAGCUGGAAGAAUGGAUGAAAAUGCAAGAAGAUGGAUGUUUCAUUCCACUCUUGCCCAUAGAUGAAGAACCCAUGGGAGACCAACAUAGGCACAGUCAAGAGCAACAAAAGCAUGGAAGAAGGCAAGAAGGACAUCACAAAUUGUGACCUUUCUACAUGGGGAAAUACAUAAGCUGAAUAUGCUUCUCUUGAUUGUAUACAGGUAAAGUAGUGUAGAUUGAAAAUGUAAUGAUUUAAUGGGAAGAAAUAUAAAGGAGAAGUAAUGCUGCAUUCUUCAAUAACCAAAAUAUACUUUAUCUAUUCAAUAUUAUGAGGUUAGAACAGCAGUAAAAGUAAAAAUACCUAUUUGUAAAAACAGCACUUUAUUUGAUUAAAUGUGUAAUCUCUCACCAAUAUUUAAACAGAAAGAAUGUUAAAAUAUUGCUGACUUUUUUUUUGAGAAUAAAACCAUUUACGUGAUAUUGGCUGGGGUUUUUUGAAUAGUAACACUAGCAUAUCCUUAAAAAUACAUUUUUGUAACUUGAUUUUGUAGCAGUUUUGAAACAAAAUUUACAGUAAUUACAAGUAGAAAUAAUUUUUUGCUUAGUAAAUAUAAUUUUUGUUAAGCAGUUAAAAUGCAAGUCAUCAGGAAUUAAAAUAGAAUUCAUCCGAAGCCUCUGACACUAUAUUUAUCUUUCUGAAGACUCAAGUACUGCAGAUAAGGGCAAGAAGAUCUUAGAGCCCUAAUUACCUGAGUGCCCUCAGUAUAUAACUAAAGAUUUUACAUUUAUCCAUGCUUCUCACUGUACUGAUAGCUCAUGGCUGCUUUUUCUGCCUUUGAGAGGAGGUAAGUUUGAGACAGAGUCCUGUACUGUGUGUCUGUGUGUCAGGGCUGGCACGGGCAGCUCUUUAAACUCUAUGUAGGCGGCGGAGGUCUGGUCAGUACCGUCACCAGGGCCUCAAAAGCCAGCAUCUCACUGGGCUAGACCAGAAGUUUGAUUCAAUUGUUCAGACCUCCACUGGCAUUUGCCAGGCUCUAAGGCAUCCAAAGCACCCAGAAGGGAUGCCAGACAUGACACUGCAUGAGGGUUAUGAUCAGGUUAUUCAUGGCAGCCACUUGCACAAAGAGACCAUUCAGAGAUGGGGACUGUAAUUUCAUUGACUUGUCCUGAUUUGUCACAGACUUUCCAAGGUGAAUGCUUUUUUUUUGUUGUUCCUGUUUACUGUUCAUGUUCUGUGCCCUCCUUUUCAGUUUAAAUGAAAAUCUUUGUUGGCAAACUUUGCUUACCUCAUAAUGAAAAGUGAUACCUUCUGAGUUUUACCAAAGAAGGAAAUCCUACAAAAAACAAUUCUUGUUAUGAUUCAGUCUAGCGUUAUAGGCUUGACUAAUCUGGAGUUAUUAACCUAUGAUUUUGCUGAGGAGUACUGUUAUUUUACAAGAAGCUUUUAUAAGUUUCUUUGAAUUUAAUUUUCUUUUUCUGUACUUUAAGCAUUAAUGAAGGUCUGAUUUUAAAUAAAGAUACUUUGUUAUCUGGAAAUUA